AUGUCUUUACCUAAAGCGUCGCUUCUUAGAAACUUAAACCUCAAACUUGACAAGAAAGCUGCUUCCAAAGUCAUAGAUUAUCUGCUAUUCCCAAACCUUCCUCCCACUCUCCUUCAGAUCUCAAUCACUUCUUUAUCUAGGAAUUUUUUAGCUUUCCCAAAAAACUUUAAAGUUUUCCAAACACUAGUCGUCUUAAAACUCCAAGGCACUAUUACUCUAGAUGCUGUUGUUGUUUCUCCUGUUUGUUUCCAGUCCUUGAAAAGUUUGCAUCUCAUAAGUGUGUUGUUGUCAUCCAAAACGUCUUUGGAGAGACUUUUAUCGGCUUGUCCUGUUCUUGAAGAUCUAUUCUUCGAAACAAAUAGCUAUAAUCGCACCUACCCUUUCACCAUAUCAGUACCUUCUCUACAGAGAUUACACAUCACUGACCAUGUCCAUUAUUCUAAUUACGGUGACCUAAAAUUCGAGAUUAAUGCUCCUUCUUUGAAGUACUUAAAGAUGAUGGAAUGGAGUGGUUGUAUUAAAUUCGUUGAAGAUAUGCCGAAGUUGGUGGGUGCAAAAGUUACACUUUCAAAAUCCCAAGCUGAGAAGUUGAUCAGAUUGCUUACCUCGGUAGAGUUUCUUUCAAUAAAAAAUAGACAUCCUUCAAUGGUUCUACCUCUUGCCAAUGGAAUUUCUCAUCAGCUACUUCGUCUGAAACUAGAUAUUUACCACAAACUUCCGCUUAAUCUGCUUCUGCAUUUGCUCAAACAUUCCCCUAAACUACAAGUUCUCAAGCUUCACGUGAACCAUUUUAGUUAUACGACCCGAGGGACCGAGGAUCAACUUCCUCCAGUCUCUGCACCGAUCUUGGUUCCUGAAUGCGUAUCCUUCCAUCUUGAAACUUUUGAAUUGAGAAGCUUUGUAGGAAGAGAGGAAGUGAAAGAAGUCGUCGUUUACAUUCUGCAAAACGCUCGUCACUUAAAAACCGCUUCAAUCCUUAUAUAUUCAGAAGGUCCUCCAGGUGGGGAGAAUGAUCCGAUGCUGAUCAAGGAGUUGAAAUCUAUCUCUUUGGCUUCGAAGUCGUGUCAGCUUGUAGUUCGAGUUUAA